GCUGGAGAAAAGGGCCAUAUCAGUUUUUCCUUGGUGUCGAAGCUACAAAGUCGCCACUGAUUUGUGGAGUUGCUCAAGGUCCCAAUAUCAGAGACCCGAAUCAGGGUAUGAAUCGAUCUCCGAGAUUUUUUUCAAAGGGGAUGGUUUUCAAGUGGUUCAGAUAUAAAUGUUACUGAUUCGGAAGAAGAGCUGUGUGCUGGAAUAGAUGCUCUGUUACAAGAACCCGCAUUGAUAGUGCUGAAAGCUCAGACUAGUAGUCUGAUUGUGGAGGAUAUGCACAGGUGUAUACGUUUUAGCAUCAGCAGAGGCAUGUGCAAAUGCUUUGAAACAAGCAGCUGUGAUUGUGGCUUGUGGUGAUUCUGAUGCCAGUCAUGCUGUAUCUGAAGCAGGGAUCAGAAUCAGCGCCUCUAGAGUGGCCAACAAACCUGGUGUUUUUAAUUUUGAGGUAUUUGAUCCUGAUAACUCUUGGUUUUGGUCUUGUCAACAGGGAUGCAGAAAAUUGGUAACUUAUGAUAUGUGGUAGAAUGGCUAGACUUACAUGGCUGCCAUAAUGGCUCGGAUCACAAUCACUUCAUAAUCUCAGAUGGCCCAGAGAGAGUUGUUCAGAACUGAUAAACUCUGGUGGGCAAUGACAUGCAGUGGAGUUAUGAAGCGAUGUGAUUCUAGCCAUUGUGGCAGCGAUCUUGCGAUGUUGAAUUUGGAAAUUAAGAUAACUAUUUUAGCCUCCUGGACUUCAAUUACCAUGGCCAUAUCUGCCACAAAUCUCCAGGAUUAUAUCAAGAAGCUUCAAGGCAUCUCCAAGAGGAGGUAUUUAUCAAGCAAGAUGCAUAAACAGAAGAAGUAAAUACAGAUGAGGUCCCAACCAUAAUUAGGCGGGAGUGAACAAAAAUAAAGUACAUGUAUCCUCCCGAAGCUUUCUGGCUGAAGUUUUGGAAAUCGAAAUUACCUUGUAAUGUGCUUCCGGUCACAACAAAGCUCUUUCAUGCAGUCAACCAUCAGAAUUAGCUGCAGCAUCUGAUUUGACAGCUUGUUUGCCGCAGCAACACCAACACAGUUGAAGUAGCAUCUAGUUGCUGCUUAAUUCGUUUGGCGGUUUCAAAUUUCCCUUCUCUGAAAAUUUUCAAAAAGGGUCAACAAGUCCAACGGUGAUGAAAAAAAAAAUAAAGAAAAAAGAGGCCUGCCAGGUGGAUAGACCGACAAAGAGUUGCACCACGCGCCGCGUGGUUAGAGAGCGGCUGAGCGGCAUCACAUUGGCCAGCAAAUAAAAUUGCUGAGAGGAAAUAUUUUUAAUGAUUUAAUAAGGCGAUGAAGACGAGGGCACAAGGUCAUUUCUGUUCUUCUCCUCGGCUAACCCUAGAUUUCUAUUUCAUAUAUAUAUGGAUUGCGAUUUGGAGGAUUUUGCGGCGGCAAUGUUAGAAUGAUCUAGACUGUAAACUCUCCGAGGUUCAUUCGUUGGAUUUUUAGUUGUCUUAGAUCUUCGUCAAUCUCCCUAUGUUGGGAUUCAAAGAACUUGAUUUCUUGUCUGAAGAUGACUUUGAAAGAUCAAAUGACGCCCACCAGAUUUUCAUGGAUGUUUUCUACGGAGGAAACAUUGCAGGAGGAGGUGCUAAGCGUUCAGACGGGGAAAAUGAACACUCCAAUGGCGAUUUACUUAUUCCAGAGAAGGCUCCAGUACUUCAAUUGAACUCAUCAAAGGAAAUUGUGCUUAGCCUGAAAUCUGCAGACCUGUUUAACAAUUAUCCAACCAAAACAUGCCCAUUGGUUGAAUCAUCAAGUCAAGGUGUUAUAUGUACUACUCACCUGCGUACACGGAUAGAAGAAGUAAGGAGAAGAGUUCGUGCUCGUGAUGGGAAUGCCUCUGAAGGUAAGUGCCGCAAUCAAGUUACUGAAACUAAAAUAAUCACAUAUACUGUUGCACAUACAUCUAUACCUGUUUUACCUGUCCAUGAAAAAUCUAGAGAAUCCUCUCAUUUUGCUUCAAAUGCAAUUGAAACCGCUGUAUCGAGCAAAUCUUUGAAGGAUUUAUACUCGCGUCUGCGAGGCCAUGUCAAUUAUUUACUUAAAGCAGCAGGUUGGGCAGUUGAGAAGAAGCAGAUAGGAAACAAGCGUUGUCUGGAUACGAUUUACAAGUCUCCCAGUGGGAAAACAUUUCCUGCAUUUUAUAAAAUUUGGGGCUUAUUUGGUGAGAGUCUGUUUGCUGGUAAUUACAAGAUGAUACGGCAAGAAGACGGGAAACACUGGAGGGAUAUUGAAGAGUUUGGCUCUAACUUGUCAGAAACAUUGAUACAUUUUGAGAAUGAGGAUUGCAGUCAAAUGGAAGCUUCGUAUGCAUUGGUUCAUAAAUGGAGUUUGCUGGAUCCUUUUGUUACAGUGGUGAUGGUGAAGAAACAGAUUGGGAGCCUUAGAAAGGGAGUGACAGUCAAAGCAGCCACAACUGUGGUGUCAGAUUUGAAAGAUAGAAAGGAUAUGCAGUCAGGAAAAGAGUUUGUUGGGGUUAAAGACCAGGUCAAGCAAUUGACGAGUCCGGUGUCAGUGCAUAAUAAAUCAGGUAGCACACAGGUGUCUGGUGGCAAUCUGCAUCUUCAGACUGAACAGAAUAGCGUAGUCGGUCAAAAGAGAAAGAAACAGGGUGCAAAAGCUUUGAAAGGUGUUAAACAGACUAGUAGAAGGAUUCAAGCCAAGACAGCGAGAGGAGGCUCUUUGGCUAAUGAUUUGGCUCAAGGUUCUAUGGCGCUGGAGUUGGACCAAUCAAACUCGAAGGAUCUUAAGGAAACUCAAGGUAAUGAGAAAGCACUGGAAAUUUUUGCACCUGCUGACACAAUUCCUGAAUUUGGAAAUGCCCGAAACAACUUUGAACUAUCCGAGUAUCGGGAUGGUGAGAGCUGCAGAGGCUCUGAAGCUUCAAAAUUUGAGAUGGACCCGACAUCUGGAACAACAGGGACAAGGCUGACAAAGAAGAGGAGGAGCGGCCGAAGAAGUGUGUAAAAGCUUGUCCGGAAUUGAAGUGACUAGAUUAUCCAGUUAGCGUCAAAAGGAAGUUGAGAUGCUCAACUGUCAAAAACAAAAACAUGAAAGUUGUUCGGCUGUCAGAUUUUCAGAGCACCAAUUAGGCAUUAGCAGUGGGUUAAAGAAAAAAGAUUCUAUAUUACACCCAUAAAAGAAUUUUUAUUUACUUAUUUCAAUUUCUUCAUUUUUGUGAGAUUUAGGAUUUGUAUUAAGGAUUGUUCAAGAAAGAAGAUUACAGAUACUGCUGUAUAAAACAGCAGGACUCGAGAAAAGACUAGAGAAGGAGAAUAUUACCCGGACACAGCACAUGACCCUUGACACCUGUCAGGCUACAAUUGGUAUAACAGGACAAAUAGACAUUGGUGCGCUCUAACAAUUUUCUCUCUUGAAAAAGAAUUUUCUAAGAAAAUGUACUGGAAACAGGUAAAAACUUAAAAUUUUCUCAUGAUACGGCAAGAAAAUGGGAAACAGUGGAUGAACAUUGAAGAGUGGCUCUAACUUGUCAGAAACAAACAGAUUGGGAGCAUAAGAAAGGGAAUUACAGUCAAAGCAGCCACAACUGUGGUGUCAGAUUUGAAAGAUAGAAAGGAUAUUCAGUCAGGAAAGGAAUUUGUUGGGGUUAAAGAGCAAGUGAAGCAAUUGACGAGUUCGGCGUCAAUGCACAGUAAAUCAGGUAGCACAAAGGUGUCUGGUGAAAAGAGAAAGAAACAGGUUGCAAAAGCUUUGGAAGGUGUUAAACAGACAACUAGAAGGAUACAGGCCAAGACUGUGAGAGGAGGCUCUUUGGCUAAUAAUUUGGCUCAAGGUUCUAUGGCACUGGAAUUGGAGCAAUCGAACUCGAAGGGUCUUAAGGUAACUCAAGGCAAUGAGAAAGGGCUAGCACCUGCUGAUGCAUUUCCUGAAUUUGGAAAUGCCCGAAAGAACUUUGAACAAUCUGAGCAUCGUGAUGCUGCAGUGUCUCUGAAGCUUCAAAAUUUUAAUAAAAUUGAAAUGGAAAAACCUAAUUGUUCACUUUUUAAAUUGGCGAAAAAAGGAAUUUUUCCUCAGGUAUCAAGGGUGAAAACUCCAUUUUCUCUCUAAUUAAUGUGAAAAAAAUAAAUUUUCACUCAAAUAAAAAGAGUGAACAUCAUAAUAAUAAGAAGACUUGGUAAA